UUUAUCGGGGUUUGAUUGGCUGGACUGCUAACAGCUAACAGCAGCUCGACAUUCGGCUUGUUCUGUCUGCGUGCUAACAGCUAACAGCUAACAGCAGCUCGUGGUGUCAGCUGAAGCUCGGUUCUGUCAGCUGAAGCUCGGUUCUGUCAGCUGAAGCUCGGUUCUGUCAGCUGAAGCUCGGUUCCGUCCGGUUCCGUGAUGGCCAACGACUCCGUGAAGCUGUCCAAGAACCUGCUGCGGAUGAAGUUCAUGCAGAGAGGUCUGGACGCGGAGACGAAGAAGCAGCUGGAGGAAGAUGAGAAGAGGAUCAUCAGUGAUGAACACUGGUACCUGGACCUGCCCGAGCUCAAAGCUAAAGAGAGCCUGAUCAUCGAGGAGCAGAGCUUCGUCCCCUGUGAGGACUUGAAGUUUGGUCGAAUCUCCUUCAAAGGUUUUAAUCCAGAAGUCGAGAAGCUGAUGAUUCUGAUGAACCCAAGAGGAGAAGAAGGAGGAGGAGGAGGAGGAGGAGGAGAGAGUCGGAUGCAGAUGGACGUCACAGAUGAAGAGAUGGCUCUGAGGUACGAGAGUUUAGUCGGAUCCAUGAAGAAGAAGUUUGCAAAGAAACGAGAGAGAGCGACAAACGAAGACGACGAGAACCAAAACAUCUCCGAGACCAUCACCAAGAGAGUCUUUAUGAAGCCUCAAGACUGAGACUGAGACUGCCUCCAGACUGAGACUGAGACUGCCUCCAGACUGAGACUGCCUCCAGACUGAGACUGAGACUGCCUCCAGACUGAGACUGAGACUGCCUCCAGACUGAGACUGAGACCGUAAAUCUUUUUAUUUUUGUGACAUGUGCUUGCAGAGUGUCUGCGCCGUCUGUAGCAGCGUGUUCAGUCCUUGAAGCUGAUUGGAUGUUGUACAUCCUGUUUUUAUCUCUGCUGUGAAGUUUUUCAGGUUGUCAUUAAAUCACAGCUCCGUG